CUUACGGUGCUUAUAAACAACACUAGUUUGCAUUAUAUUCACAAGAUUUACUGUACUGUAUGCAGAAAAUUAAUACUGCAGAAAAGAGUUCUCGGGUAAACAACGAACAUACUAAUGAAUACACUACAGUUCAAGACAACCUGUCUUACAUUCAGUUUGGUGUUUUUGACUUGCAUCUUUUGCCAGAGGUUAUAUAAAACUGAUUAUCAGCAGAACAACAUUCUAAACAGAGAAAGUAAGGACGUUUCCCUACAAUGUUUACUUGACGAAACAGAGGCUCUCCUAAAGAAAAAGACGUCUGAUUUGCAAAACUGCAUUGACAAGAUGGAUGCUCACAACGAAAACCCCUGUUAUGUUAUGUCGGACAUUGCAUUGGGUAAACCUGCCAAACAGUCGUCAACGUUUAAUAAUAACAUUGCUAAGUAUGCAGUAGAUGGCAAUAGAGGUACAGACAUUAUUGAAGACACGUGUUCACACACAGGUGGUGGCGAUUCAAAUCCUUGGUGGAUGGUGGAUCUGCAGGCUGUGUAUUACAUCAAAACUGUCAGAAUACUCAACAGGGGAAUGGAUAAGUUUGGAAUAGAUGUGUCACACUGGCUACAGAACGUCACAGUCACUGUAGGGGUGACUGAAUCAAAUGUCAACACACUCUGUGGUUUCUUUCCUGGUCCAGGUACCUUAGCACAGCUGCUGGUCGUCAUUGACUGUCCGACAUCAACAAAAGGGAAAUUUGUAAGGAUCUCCAAGCCAACUAAGGCUCUCAAUCUUUGUGAAGUUGACGUGUUUGGAGAUUUAUUAUAAAUCAUAUGGAGAUAUGCAGGAUUUUUAAAAUUUAAUUUAAUUCUUUAAUUUUUUUUUAAAAAUAAUAUUCCCGACGCAAAACUUGUCCACAAUCAUGUUCUUUUACAAAUUUCAUUUAGCAUGAGAUAGAAAGGUUUGCAAUUGAAACUAGAAGUAAUAAAUGUUCCUCCGACAUUUUAAAGACAAUCUAUUUAAAUUUAUUAACGAAACGAAAUGAAAGAGAAGCAGGAGUUGAAUUUGAUAAAUAAUAAAUGUGAAUGGAGUGUUCAUAAAAGAUCGGUGGUAUUUAAUUGCGUUUGUAAUUUUGAUUGGGAUUAUUUGGUUCACUGGACAUAAACUACAACUGAGAUUUCACUACUUUGUAAUUGUAAAUUAACGUUUUGUGACGCUUUGCAACAAUGUCGAUUUGUAAACACGAUCCUAAGUCAUGAUCAUUUAUCAUCACAAUUGUUUUAAUUUGAAAUGUGGAAAGUAUAUGAAAGACAUCAGUAAU